GUAAUGAAUUCAAUCUCUCUCCCUCUCUCUUCGUCUCACGUUCUCCAUGGAUUCACCGUCCCCUUCACGCAUAGGCAAAUCCUAUAAGCAUCAGCCCAGAACUUUGACCGCAAGAUCAUUAGAGAAAUCGAUCGCCGGAAAAUCUUGCUCCAUAUGCCUCUCCGCCAUGGAGCACCGCCGAGCAGCGGUGGUGAUACCCUGCACGCACUCCUACUGCGUCGGCUGCAUCCGCAAAUGGAGUAAUUUCAAGCGCAAGUGCCCUCUUUGCAACGCCGACUUCGAUUCCUGGUACUGUAACUUCAGUCCCUCUUCUCAAGCAUUCCAGAAAGAAAAAUUGUCAGCUCCAACGGACGAAAAAGGCUUCAUUCUGCAGGAAAUUUACGCCAGACGACGACGUCGUUUACUUGAACGCCAAAGAUUAAUCAGAAGAUCCAGAGGAGAGUUUAAUGCUUUAAGCUUGAGAACAAGGCCAUUGCCAAGGCUGCGAUCAUUUGGGCAACGACGUGAUGAGCAUCCUGAUGUCAUUUCUGAAAGAGUUCUCCGGUGGCGUGCCAGCAUAUACAGACAGCAGUUGCAAGCUGUUCCAUUUUCUUCCAAGAAUUGUCUCACGGCGCAAUUAAUGGGAAGCUAUGAUGUGAAAAGAGUAUUACUACAGAGAAUAGAACCCUGGAUAAGGAGGGAGCUGCAUGCUAUUCUUGAAGAUCCGGAUCCUUCUGUGAUUGUCCAUGUUGUAACCUCACUUUUUAUUUCCACAUAUCAACAAGAGCAACAUUGUCCUUUGGGACAACUUGGAGUUCAUAAUGAUUUUCUUGCACCUCUGCGACCUUUCCUGCAUGAAAGAACAGAGAUGUUUUGGCAUGAACUCAGAUGCUUUGCAGAAAGCUCAUUCUGUAUGGAUGCUUAUGAUUGUAUAGUGAAGUACAAAAGGUUGGUUGAAUAACAUCAUUGGAGUGGCUGAUUUGCUUCUCUAGAGCUGUGUGCUGGCUAGGUUGACAGCAAAGAGAAAUGCAUGCCCUCUAGGAAUUUAAGACAAGUUUUGUGAAGAACUGCAUGGUGAUGGUCAUUGUGGGCGGAUCUCCAGUUAAAGUCCUCAGCAGUAGACAUCCUAUUUUCAGUGAAAGUUGUCCAAAAGAUGCUGGCAGUUUCGGCUACAGGCAUUGAUUUCUUGGGGAUUUAGAGCUGCUGACUGAGAAGGUAAGAUAUAUCAGAUUUUCGAAAAGUUUUCUUUGUUUAGACAUGCCCAACAAAGUUGAAGUGGUCAACAGUGUUGAUCCUGUAAAGGUCUGUCAAAGAUGCAGAGGAAAGCUGGCAAUAUUUUUUGUCAAGCUGUUGAUUGACCAAAUCUGCGUACUGUAUAUCUGCAACUUCAACCAGAAAUCUCUUGGGGAAAAAUGAUACAGAAUGGCUUACAAGGUUUUCAAGUGGCCGGUCUGCAUGCCAUAUGUUAGCUGCAUCUGAAGUCUGCCAUUUCAACCAGAAACCUCCUAGCAAAAAAUGAUGCACACUUGCUCUUGAAGUUCCCCAAAUAUAUAUAUAUCCCAAAAAGUUCAUUGGGGAAAAUAUCCCUGGAAGAAAGAAAGAAAGUCUUUAAAUUCUUCGCUCCGCCUUAAGUCGGAAGGCCAUGGGAAUGUAUCAUUUUUGCUCUAGUUAUAUGAAUUGAGCACACAAGAAUGUACUAUUUACUGUGUGCUUAAUGUAUCUUGGAACAUUUAGAACUUGUAAAGAAUUGAGGUAAAAUGUGGCUCUGUACUCCAUAGUUUAGGAUGUACUUCUUACAAAUUUUAAGAG